CGCCGCCGAACCUCACCUCAGAAGCUCCUCUACCAAAUCCGUGCCACCUAACCUUUAGCCUACGUCGAGACACUUACAGACAACCUACCACACGGCAUACGACCAACAAAAAUGGCCGCCGCGCCAAACGACCUCUCGUACCCAAUGGCAGAUCUCAGAGUAUCCGCUCCAUUUACGCUCUCCGGCUCCGACACUUCAUCUAUCGAUGAAGAUGCUCCUCUACCAUUCCCCGAAGCUCUCCCUCGAGCCGACUUCUUAGCUCCAGACUUCCAACCUGCUGCCUAUUUAUCUGCUCUACCACAUCGUCACCAGACCCUCGAGGACUUGCGAUCAGAUCUUCGCGACAGAAGCGCUGCGAUCAGCUCUGAACUUCUCGAACUUGUCAAUUCGAACUACACAGCCUUUCUUUCACUUGGCAGCGAACUGCGCGGCGGCGACGACAAGGUCGAAGAUGUCAAGGUUUCUCUACUUGGUUUCCGACGAGCUGUAGAGGAAGUCAAGACAAAGGUCAUGGAGCGAAAAGAGGAGACGAAUACCCUCAAUGGCGAGCUACGUGGUGUCCGAUCAGCCAUCGAGAAGGGCCGAAAGAUGAUUGAGCUAUCUGAACGUCUCUCAUCACUAGAAGAACGUCUGUCCCUAGAUAGUCUACCUAACAACGAAGACUGGGACGAAGAAAGCGAAGAGGAAGACGAGGACGACAAUUAUGGAAGCUCCCCCACAAGACUGCUUAUCUCAGCACAAGAAUGCAGCCGCAUCACAAAGCUUCUCGAGUCUUUAGACCCAAAUGCCCCGUUUGUGAUCAAGAUGGAGGAACGUCUGACACGGUGCAGAAACACAUUGCUGCUAGACUUGGGCAAUGCUCUCAAAGAAGCCAAGAAGGCUGGUGUAAAAGGACAGGAUAGAGUGCUAAAGUGUUUGGCGAUAUAUAGAGUGCUAGAUGCACAAUCAGAGGCCAUCAAGGCCCUCAGAGGCGGUUCAUAGCCGCAAUGAAUAAUGAUACCCACGACGCUCACAAGGUCUAUUCGUAAUAUGACAUAUGAUACAAUUAUACAAUCUCAAGGCUAUUUUUACAUGAUGCUCGACAAUGCCUCGGGGGUAAUCUGCUCCUCUGCAUCCUUCAACUUUCCAUUCAAGCUUAUACCAGGUCCAUGGGUUGUGCUGAGAAUAACCUCGUGAACCUCCUUGUGCACCUCCUCUGAAAUCUCCGCACACUCCGCCUUGACCUUGUUCAGCAACACCUUGAUGUUGUUCUUGAGCUGAUCAGGCGAGUAACCCAGCUGUCCGAUAGCCAUGCGGAUAACACCCUGCCUCUCACGGUAAUCAGCUGCACCAGCAGAGUCCCGCAUCGACUUGACGACGUCCGGGACGAUGGUUCGCAUACGCUUGCUGGGCAUGAGACCCUUGGGACCAAGGAUCUUUCCUAGACCGGCUUUGUUGAGAGCUGCCUCGCUGGCCUCGUGGCAGAUGAGACGGUCGAAGUUGAUCUGCUCCUUUUUGAUGGCUUCGAAGAGAGUUUCUUGACCGACGGCCACAGCACCUGCGGCGGUGGCUUGCUGGGCGAUCUCGCUGCCUUCGGGGCAGAUGACGGCAAUUCGCCAAUCGCUCUGAACGGGAUGAGGAAGUCGGACGCUGUUCUUGAUGACGGGUCCGUUUCGGGCGGUCUUGAGGUUGAUGUGAAUUUCGUACUUGACCGAAGCAGGCGGUUGCCCAACUUCAACGGCUCGUAGGACUCUGCACAAUAUUAGUCUCCUCCGCUUGGUACCAUGUUCCCAAUCCCACUGACCUCAUAGCUUCACAUAACGAGUAUUGAGGAAAUUCCCUCUUAGCCAGAUUAUGUCUCUUAAAGUCCUUGGGCAACGCCUUCUUCUUCUUUCCAGUCUUCUUGAUUCUCACAACCGAAGCCUGUCGAACUUGUUGAGCAGCUGUCGGGGCAAGAAACUUCGGUAUCGUGGGAAUUGCCGGCCGAGGAGUCUGGAGGAGGGAUAGCCUGGCCAUGGAGGCCAAGCAGCGGUCGAUUGGUGCCAUUGUGAGGGGGUAAUUGAGAGCUCUGGCGGACCGGCCCUUGAUCGUGAUACUCGGAUAGCGCAAAAAGUCGAGGUUGCUAAAGUGUUUUAGGUGGGCCUGGAAUGUCAGGUGUCAACACUUAUCGAUAAGCCACUCGAGUUAAUGAGACGUGAACUUGGGAAUGGAAUCACUUUGUUUUGUCAUACAAGUAGAACUAUUUGAGAUAUUGAAUUGAUUAUGCUAAUAUAGUCUAUGUACAUAUAGAUCUAGUCGAAUCACUCGUUAUGUCACUCGCUAUCUAAUCAACGCAAACAAGCAUGUCCUUCAACUUGCCCAACACAACCUUUUGUCGCGCAGCAUCAGCAGUAGUCUUAUCAGCAGCAUCUCCAACACUAAUAGAAGCAUAGCAUCCACUCUUAAGAGCAAUCUCAGUCUCAGUAGGGAGACGAUCCUCACCACACCAUUCAGUAUCACGCUCGGACAGAAGACCAGUGUUGAUGCGAGUCAGCACCCACUGGAACUGGGACGCAUCAGUGCAUUUGCCCUCAACCUUGCCGAAGUUGACGUUGAGAUAAACAUCCUCGGG